AUGGGAAGACUAAAUUACUCCGCUGUAUUGUCCAAGGAUCUGAGAAAGAGAAUUCCACCAGGAACUGCCUCUCGAGCCGCGUUGAGAGAUCCCUACCUCGAAAUCGAUAUCGCCGCAAAGGAUCUUACAGACGAAGGAUUUGAUCAAUUCAUUGACGACUUGAUAGAAUGCCUUGAGUUUCGGGAUACAGAUCAUCCACAGGGAAUUGCAAAACUUCACGAGCUCCACCUACAACAAAAUGCUCUAACGACGCGUUCUCUUCAUAAGCUUGCCAGGGUUGUAUCUCUUAGUGAGAGAGACCUGAGGGAGCUUGAUCUCUCGGAUAACAAUUUGGAGGUGCAUACUGUUGAGCAGCGGAAGAUCUGGCAGGAAUUCCUGGAAUCGUUCAGAGGUUGCUUCAUGUUGAAGAAGCUCGACUUCAGUCGCAAUGCUCUCGGUCCACGGGGUCUCGAGAUUCUUGCUAAAGUUUACGUGAAAAGUGACCUUGACUUCUUUGAGCCAGACAGCAUUAUUACCGAUGAGCCGCACCGGGUCGAGACCAGCAGUGAUCACGCCGUUCUGCCACCUGAAGUUGGGAAGGAGAAUGCUAAUCCUGGCACCCAAUUUCUCUCUAACACCCCUAGGAAAUCGCGAUCCAUGCUUCAAAGCAAAGGACGUUGUCAGACCCUCUCGCCGGCGGCAAGAGUGUGUACAGAAGCUGAGCUCAGGCGCUAUUCCUGCACGAGAGGCCUACGUUCAAUCCCAUACUUGAUCCUCUCAAACGUCUCGAUGACAAGCGGUAGUGCUGUGCAUCUGUCGACCAUUUUGAGCAUGCAUCGAGCCCCCGAGCGGCUUCUUGCAUUCCUCCCUGGGGGAAAAGCACCGAAUCUACCCGACCUGGCCGGUUGCUCAAAGGGAAUAGUCUGGCUUCCUAACGAAGGCCUAGGGUCUCUCGCUCGCGAAUUUCUGGAGAUGACGGAGAAGAUCGGACAGUCUGGGUCAGAUACUGAAUCUGAGGGUGACGUGAAUGAUAGCAAUGGUCCACGUGCGGUCCAUGGCGUGUCUCAUGGAGAUGUCAAACGACGCCAGAUGCGCAAAAAACUCGACGUGGAAUACACACGGCUCAAGAAGAGAGUGAGGAUUGACGUCUUGAAUUUCGAAGGCGUUCACAGUGCAGAAAUCUGGAGUGUUGCUCUGAAAAUGAUGGUUCAAUGUCGUGCAAUUCUUUUAGAAGACAGAGAUCGUCCUCCCGCAGCGGCUUCAUCUGAAAGCUCACAGCUGGAAAGGACCCUAGAUCAUGAAAGUCAGACCAAACACGAAGCGUUCUGUACCACCACAGAAUCAGACAUUGUCGCCUCGGGGCCUUUCCAUCCAUCCACUGAGAAUUUCGAUAUUCAUUUCCCGAUACUUCAGGGAAAGACUCGUCCAGUCUCACCACCUCCCCAGGAACGCCCAAAGAAAGCCACGAAUCCUAUGCCUCCACCACAUGGUAAACUACCAAGUUCAAGUUCUGGGAAGGGGCUCAACCAUGCAGCGUCCACUGCUACCAAUUCUCUUCCCCGGAAGGAGAAAUGGCGGUUUGAUCUCCCGAUGGAGAUCUGGCGCCGAAUUAUUGCGAACGCGGUGGGUGCUGAGGGGAUUCUCGACCGAGAGCAGCAGCUACAAAUCAUGUACUAUUCAACCAACUGGAAUUCUCUGGCGCAAGAAAUGUCUGUCAAGGGGGCAGCAGACAAUCAGCAGAUCUGGAAGAUACUGGAGAGUAUGGACUGCUUCACGUACAGGCCACCGUCGUGA